GCCCGGCGCGUGGGUAUGGCGACGUCGUCGUCGGCUGGUGGGGGCGGCGCGGCCGGGGGCGCGCCCGGUCUCAAGACCUACUUCAAGACCCCCGAGGGCCGGCACAAGCUGCAGUACGAGAAGACCCACUCCCCCUCCGUGCUGCACUACAACCACGGCGCCGGCGGCAAGACCGUCUCCGAGAUGACGGUGGCAUAUCUGAAGGAGAAACCAGUGGGGCAGGGUUCUACACCUUCAACACCAAGUUCCGGCAGCGGUAUGCGAUCUGCAGCUGCGAGACUGCUUGGUACCGGGAAUGGGAGCCGAACACUCAGCUUUGCGGGAAACAAUGGUGUCAACAGGGCUGUUUCAGGGAGCAGCCGUGUGGGUGGAGGCAUCGGUAUGUCAACGAGCGUUAGUGGAUCACAAGCAGUGGUGAACUACGAUGGCAAGGGCACAUACAUCAUCUUCAAUACUGCUGAUACACUCUUCAUCAGUGAUCUCAACUCACAUGACAAAGAUCCAGUCAAGUCCAUCCACUUCAGCAACUCAAACCCGCUUUGUCAUGCAUUUGACUCGGAGGCCAAAGAGGGCCACGACCUGAUCAUUGGAGUAUGGUCAGGAGAUGUCUACUCCAUGUCAUUGAGGCAGCAGUUGCAAGAUCCUGGAAAGAAGCCUGUUGCAUCUCAACAUUUUAUCAAUAAAGAGAAGGAUGGAACUGCCAACAGCCGAUGUACUUGUGUUGCAUGGGUGCCGGAGCGCGAUGGCAUAUUUGUUGUCAGUAAUGCUGAUGGAAAUCUCUACGUUUAUGACAAAUCCAAGGAUGGAAAUGCUGACUGGACAUUUCCAACUGUAAAAGAUCAAAGUCAGCUGAUGAUUUCACAUGCAAAGUCCAAUAAGAGCAAUCCUACUGCAAGAUGGCACAUCUGUCAAGGUGCAAUCAAUGCCAUUUCAUUUUCCCCUGAUGGAACGUACAUGGCUACUGUUGGUCGAGAUGGCUACUUAAGAGUAUUUGACUUCGCGAAAGAACUACUAAUAUUUGGUGGGAAAAGCUACUAUGGUGCUCUUUUGUGUUGCUCAUGGAGCGCGGAUGGAAAAUAUUUAUUAUCAGGUGGGGAAGAUGAUCUUGUACAAGUAUGGAGCAUGGAUGACAGAAAGAUGGUUGCAUGGGGCGAGGGGCAUACAUCAUGGGUUAGCUCGGUUGCAUUUGAUUCAUAUUGGUCCCCACCAAAUUCUGAUGAAGCAGUAGAAAGUGUGAUGUAUCGCUUUGGCUCUGUUGGUCAGGAUACUCAACUGCUUCUCUGGGAUCUGGCAAUGGACGAGAUUGCUGUGCCACUACGACAUCCUUCCAGCGGCUCCCCAACAUUUAGCAGUGGAAGCCCUUCUGCACACUGGGACAGUGCAUGCCCUCCUCCUACUGGUGUUCUUCAGCCUUCUCCACGGAUGCGAGACGUACCGAAGCUCUCACCCCUUGUGGCACACAGAGUACACGCUGAUCCCCUGUCUGGCUUAGAAUUCACCAGUGAAUCAAUUGUCACCAUAUGCCGUGAGGGGCAAAUAAAAAUCUGGGCCAGACCAGUCCACAGUGAGAACAGCCAGCGGCCAAAUUCUUCUGAACUGUUAGCUGGCAAUGCCAUCUCAAAGGAUAAGAUGAUAACAUCACCAAAUAAGGCAGGUGCCGUCAGCUCUAGCUUCAAGCAACCAUCAUCUGUUCUUUACUCGUGACCAAAGGCUUCUGCUUGCAUUUUUAUCAUGCUUGCUUGGCCAUGGCUACUCAUAUCUUGUCACUAAUGUGGCGAUUAGUGAACAGGGCUUCGCUGGGAAAUCUUCCAGCAAUGGAAGCGUACUCGAUAGAUGUCUUAUGUGUCAAAAGAAAAAUAACGGAACUUGGUCCUGUACAGAUACAGACAUUGUCCUGAGAUGAAUAGUACAAGUUUACGGGUUGUGUUCCAUAUCAUUUGGCUAGUCUUCCGUAACAUCUCAAUAGAUUAGAGUAUGUACCAAUUCUUUGCAUAGUAACUUGACUGUCUAGGCGCUCUUGAGGCUGCAGAUCAUAUUCCAUUUGGCUCCCUGAGACGUUGCUUUCUGCUUAUCUCCAUGGAACUGUAAACUACUAUUGUUUUAUACAACGUUUUCAAAUCUAGUUGGCUUUGUGUUC